AAGGCCUUUAAGAGAUGAAAAUUUGUUAACUUGAAUUGCUGUAGGUUAAUUUGAAAUCCAACUUGCUACUUCCAUCAUCAGAAGCUCACAGGUUCGAUCCUUAUUUUUCCUCGGAAAAUGAUGAUGAUGUUUGAGGAGAUGGGGUUUUGUAAUGAUUUGGACACGAUGUCUACUGUCCUCGGGGACGAGGAUAUCAGCGCCCGACAAACUGAUCUAGAGGCAAUAAUUGAGGAUGAUUUCAGUGAUGAAGAAAUUGGGGUAGAUGAGCUUGAAAGGAGGAUGUGGAAGGACAAGAUGCGUCUCAAGCGAUUGAAGGAGCAGAGUAAAUCUAAGGAAGGAAUUGAUGCGGUGAAGCAAAGACAGUCUCAAGAACAGGCAAGGAGGAAAAAAAUGUCCAGGGCUCAAGAUGGAAUCUUGGAGUACAUGCGGAAGAUGAUGGAGGUUUGCAAGGCACAAAGAUUUGUUUAUGGGAUAAUCCCCGAGAAGGGGAAACCAGUGACAGGAGCAUCUGAUAAUCUUCGUGAAUGGUGGAAGGAUAAGGUCAGAUUCGAUUGAAAUGGUCCAGCUGCCAUAGCCAAAUACCAAGCUGAU